AUGCAGCAAGACCUUUCCGACCAUCCAUCCAUAACCAACUCCACGACCAUACACAACUCACAACAAUCCUACAGAUCAUCAUGCUGUUCCUAUUCAAAUAUGACUGGAUCGUUCGGAGAAAUGUAUUACCGAUUACUUCAAAGAUUCAAGACAGAACAAUUGGAAAAAAACAAUCAUCAUGUGCUGAUUACAACAGAUUCCUUACUUCAUGCUUUCCACUACAGCUACAAGUCCAUUUUGGAGUCCAUUGAAGUUCAAAUAUUAUUUCCGAAAAGCAAACGAUUGUUUGCCAAUCUCUUUGAAUUAAUGAAAAAUACCUUUAUACCGCACCGAUUUUCAGAGUAUCAAACCCAAAACUCUCACUCCAAUGAAUUAAUGCCAUCCAAUGAAUUUAGGCCAUUAGGUUUAAUUGAGCAAGGAUUGAUAGAUCUUGAUUUUUAUAUCACCCUUUCGUUUUCCCUUAUUGUGGACAAGGUUGAACACGGAUUUUAUCCUUCUAACGCUCAUGAUAUUCAGUACUUGUUUGAUCUCAUUCAUAGACGUUCAGGAAGCGAGUUUAGCUCAUCUUGUUGUCUAUUUACAAUAUUCGGAGAAAAAAGAUUUUUCGAGUUUAAGCGUUAUCAACCAAAUUGGUACUACAUUCGAGACUACAUGAACAAUUAUUUCAAGCUUAUUAGUUGGUGCGGAAAUACUUAUCUUGACAUUACAAACUUGCGUCAAUUUACUUAA